AUGGUGAACAUUUUCCAGCGCCUUAGCAGACGGGCAGCAACCAGCUCCAGCAGUGCCGUGCCUGAUCCCGGAAUCAACGGCAAAAACGUUUCAUCGCGAUCGCAUGACCUUCACCGGACUGUGAGUGGGAGUUCUGGGAAGCACCAUCGUCGCUCUGUGGCUGAGGAGCCUUCGCCGCGACACCUGAUUCUGAUCUCUGAUAAUGCCAAUUUCGACCCGCAUAUUAUACAGCGAUUCCAGGCUGAUGGGUUCAACGUGACGUACCUCGGUUUCGUUUGCACUGAAGAUGCCGAGAAAGAUCGCAAGUCUCUAGAAUUUGCGGUGCAUGAGAAGGAAGAUGAGUUGGAGACUGGAGAGCGAUAUGCUAUAGUUGCAUACAACCGGCCUGCGUACUACCUCCUCGGCUCUCACCAUCUCGCAGCCAGCAAAACCAAUCCCUUCCCACGCCUCUGCGCCCUCAUCGCAUACUACCCACUAACAUCAACCAACGAACUCACUGAGAUCACAUCCCACGACCAAGAAUGCUGUGCCCCAGCCUGCUCUGACACGAGCGGUAUUUUCGACCCCAGCCCCUCAGCAACUUUCCUCCCCAUUCAGAUUCACCUUCCCGGCAGCGCGCCCAGCUCACGAACUUUCUGGCCCUGGAUCAGCGUGAGCCCCUCGGAGGGAGACGUCACGUACAAAAAGCGGCAUCGGUGCCACAUAUACACUUACCCAGAAGCCAGGGCGGGAUUUGCGGAACACAAGCCUGUGAAUUACAGUAUCAAGGAUGGCGGUCCUCAUCAUGAUGAUCGUAUCAGUUCGCAGUUAGCCUGGAGCCGGACAUUGGGGUGUCUGCGCCGUGCAUUUGGCGUUGGGAGUCAAUGGGCAGUAGCAGAUAUCGAGACUGUCUGGGAGCAGUAUUGGGAGCAUUUGAUGACGGAUUUGGACGGGCUGAAGGCGAACGGGGGGCAGAAGAGAUUCACACCGGAGAGUCUGAGGGCAUUCUUCACGGACACCUUCAUCCCUACCGGUCCCCCGAGUCAGCAUAUUCGUCUCCUGUCACGGACUGUAGGCGCUGAUCGUAUCGUUGAUGAGAUAUUGUUCUCCUUCUGCCACAGUAAGGAAGUGCCAUGGCUCCUCCCUGGCGUGCCGCCAACAAACCGUGAUAUUCAAGCUGUGAUCGUGGUCGUGGCUAGUUUCUUCGCAGAUCGGAUUGUUCACCAAAGUUUGUAUUGGGACCAAGCAGAUGUGCUCGUUCAAGCUGGAUUAUUGGACCCGGAGCUUGUGCCGAGAGCUAAAGCAGCUAUAUAA